CCGGCUUUGGCAGUAGCUAGUUAUACGUAAUCCGAGCCAGCUCGCGUCCGCCGCCCCUUGCAGCGCGCGACCCGAUCCAAGUAUUGCUCUCGCCGCGCCACCCACCGCACCGACUAGCACACAGAAUGGCGGGCAUUGCGCGCGGCCGCCUGAGCGAGGAGCGCAAGGCCUGGCGGCGGGACCACCCCUUCGGCUUCUUCGCGCGGCCGAGUUCGAGCGGCGACGGCGCGACGAACCUGAUGAGCUGGGACGCCGGCGUGCCCGGAAAAAAAGGGACGGACUGGGAGGGCGGCCUUUUCAAAGUGCGGAUGGAGUUCUCCGUGGCGCGGCGGCGUCCAGUGGUCGCGCCCCGCCCCGUCGCGACGCGUCCGGUGGUCCGCGCAGGAGGACUACCCCAGCAAGCCGCCGAAGUGCAAGUUCGUGCCGCCGCUCUUCCACCCGAACGUCUACCCCUCGGGCACGAUCUGCCUCUCUAUAUUGAAUGAGGAGGAGGGCUGGCGGCCGGCGAUCACGAUCAAGCAGAUGCUCCUGGGCAUCCAAGAUUUAUUAGAUACGCCGAACCCGAACUCGCCGGCGCAGUCGGAGGCCUACCAGAUGUUCGUGCAGGACAAGGCGUCCUACGCGAAGCGCGUGCGCCAGGAGGCGGCGAAGAACCGCGAGUAGCCGAAGGGGGGCGCCUGUAAAGUUGAAUGCCAGUG